CACGAUUUGUACUGCGCAUGCGCGAAAUUGCUUCCACUUCCUGUCACCGCCAACGUUUUUACGACAGUCUAGCGAUAUGGAUUCUUUUGCAUUCUAUGUACAGGUUCAAGAAUUUCUCUUAAAAGGAGAAAUUCCUGACAAUUCUGCAAAUCGUCGGAAGGUUAGACGGGCGUCGACAAAUUUUAUCAUCAAAGAUGACAGACUCUUCUACGUCGGCCCCAGUAGGCAGUACAUCCGGCUAGUUGUCCUGUCAGAGGAAGAGAAGAGGUCUGUUCUUACGGAGUGCCACAAUAACCCUGGGACUGGCAAUCACAGUGGCGUCAGAGGCACUCAAAACAGGGUUAUUGCUGGCUACUAUUGGUCUACAAUUAUCCAGGAUGUGAAAGAAUGGGUCAGAUCCUGUCACCGCUGCCAGUUGAAUGACCCCAUCAAGACUGUUGUGCCAGUCUUGCAUUCUAUUAAGGUAAAAGAACCUUGGGAGGUGCUUGGUUUGGAUUUGAUUGGACCACUGCCAGAAACUGCACACAACAACAAGUAUGUCCUUACCAUGACUGACCUGUACACCAAGUGGGUGAUUGCGGAACCUAUGCAAUCUAAGACGGCAGCUGAGGGUUUUCCUCAACAGUGUACAGGGAAUUCCUGUGGCAUCUACAUGCUGAUGUAUGCUCUCAGCACCUGUACAUCAUGCCCACUAACAUUCACAGAGGAGGAGGUGCCAUUGAUUCGCCAGUGGUGGUGCAUUCAGUUGAUGGAGAGGUUUUGCCUUGAAGGGCAUGGACAGAGAUUUGCACACUGGACAGAAGAAGCAUCCCAACUCCUUCAGGGAACCCUUGAGCCUGUCUUUAGGGUGUCAAAAUCCACCACCACCAAACAGUCACCCAGCAGAAGAGUUGGGGUUGAAGAGGACACUGAUAAGGUGCAACAGCCUAGCAUUGUGAGAGACCUUCAUACAGCUUGGUACUGGGUAAACAAUCACAGAGACUUAUUCCAUGGAGAGGUGACAGAGCCUGCUUUUCUGCAGAUGAACAGUGAAAGUCAACAAAAUGCACUCAGGAAGGCCCUGGGGAGUGAAUUCCCUGAAGCAAAGGAUGACUUUUUGUUCAUAUUUCCGUCUCAAGAUGACAUGGAAACAUUUUUGUCAUACUGUGUUGAUAAACAAGGCCUGAAGGUCAAUGCCAUGUUCCUCAAUCAGCAGUUGUAGUAGAUGAGGGAGGGAGGGAAUGAAUGAAUGAAUUCAUUCAUGAAUAAAUAAUUUGAAAAAAAA